UACAGCAGGACGAACCAAACACUAAAAGCAACUUCUUAUCUACUGACUUUAACAGAUUUUCCUUGCUUCAGAUAAAAAAGAUGGAAUCCAACAUGAAAUGCAACGUGAGCGAGAUGUUUUGCCCCAAGAUGCCCAAGGGAAUGGACUAUGAGAUCUCCCAUCACCCGCUGACAAUGAAGCACGUUGUCAACCUCAUCGUCGCCAUGGAGAGGUUUAAGGGCCACAGCCACUCAGAAUCCCUGAUGAGCACCGAAUUCAGAGACGAGGACCUGCUCAACAUCAUGCUGGAAAGCAUCGUGGAAGAGGAAAUCUUAUUUGAGCGUGGUUCAGCUCCAGAACCUAAGAUCAGCUGGACGGGCGAGCAGCUGUGCAGCAUGACCGACGGCGAGAAGAGGAGCUUAGUUCAGGUCCAGAGCAGCAUGGAGCUCCACGCAGUGACGCUGCAGGGAGGCGCUCAACCCAGAAAAGUUCUCCUGAACAUGUCGACCUACUUGCACCCGGCACCCAGCGUCAUGGGCAGAACCGUGGCUCUGGGCAUCAAGGGCACAGAUCUCUACUUGUCUUGCCGCAAAGAUGGUGCCGAGCCAACUCUGCAUCUGGAGACUUUGGCGAACAAAAGUCUGCUGACUGGAUUGGGCACGAGAAUUGGCUUGGACAGCGACUUGGUGCGGUUUCUCUUCUACAGACAGGACACCGGGGUGAACAUCACCACCCUCAUGUCCGUCGCCCAACCCAACUGGUACAUCAGCACGGCGCAGCAGGACAACAGGCCGUUGGCGAUGUGCCUGGAGUCCACCCAGCACUCCCGCAUCUUCAGCAUCCGAGAGGAGGUCGAACGUCAGGGAUAAAAAAAACCUGCCAAGAUCUGUAUCCAGGGGGCCAAGUUUGGCCCUCUGAAGAAGAAAAGGUCUGAUGUUGAACGGAGCGUAAAAUAUACUGCACUUCAGCUAUUUAGAUUUUUUUUUUUUUUUAAAACAGCAACAAAGACACUGCAGCUGUCUGGUAAAAAGUUGCGAGUAUUACAGAGCUUCUAUUUACUGUAUGUACCAAGUACAGAAAGUGAAAAGCUUUGUGUAUUGACUUAUUAAGUCUAGUUUCACCAGUAGAGGGCACCAUUGUGCUACUCUGGUGAACACCCUGUUUAUUUAUUGUGCUAAAUGACAUGACUUAAUGCUUUUAUCUAUUAAUGUAUUUAUAUAUUUAUGCACUAUUUUAAAAAUAUAUAUGUAUAUUUAUUUGCAAAUCUGCGUACUAACAAUUAUUUAAAUGAUGUGCAGUGAAAUAUUUAAU